CGGCCCUUUCUUUCACAGGAAGCUGCCCAAUGUGUAAUAAUAUUUCUUGUUUUUGUUCAGGAGAUGUGCAGACAUUAUCUGCUGUAUUAUUUUUGUGGCUGCCAUUGUCACCUAUAUUCUUAUUCGCUCCCUGGGUAAGAAACAUUUCCAACUACACUUUCAUUGGGGAAAAAAAUCAUUAUUAUUGUGGGCUCAAGCGGAAGGUGUUUUACCCAUGUAUGGCUUGUGAGAUAUCCUUCUAACGGAGGUUCUAACACAGCGUGGCUGCUUGGAGACUCUCGUCAUGUCGUGUUGCCCCAGAACUCCACUGGGAUGUUUUGUGGAGCUGGAGUCAAUGUUGACAAACCAAACGUCCUCUACUUUGACCUUCUGAAGUGUGCCAGAGCAACGACAGAAAUGGACGCCACUCUAGAGGGUCUCCAGUGUCCAACCACUCAAGUCUGUGUUAAAAAAUGCCCUUCAGAGUUCUGGAAGUUGCCCCCAGAGGCGUAUGCCCCAAAUGCCCUGCCUAAAGACUUCUUUCAGCAGCAGUAUUGUGACCCUAGACUUGACCUCGCCCAAACCACAUUGAGUGUCCAAGACAUCCUCAAUCAAGAGCUUUGUCCAUAUUUCUACACCCCAAGUAAACCAGAACUAGGGAGAUGUCUGCCUAGCUUUGACUGGCAGGACGUUCCUCCAGACUUCUCUCUCCCUGGAUUCGCUUCCGUUUAUGAAACAGUCGAGCACAUAAAGGGAUCUAUGGAGUAAUCCUUCACACACACUCACACACACAUUUCACUCUCAAGCUACUACACAUAUGCCAAUCAUCAGGACUAUAUUGUUUUUAUUUCCACUGUGAUGUUUCUGUCUCCUCUAGUGGAGGGUCUGGAGCGUAACGACGGCACCGUGCAGAGACCAUACCACAUGCCCAGGUCUCUGUGGCAAAUCCUUCACAAGAGAGACAGCUUUCUCCCUUAAUGAAUAAACCAUCCAGCAUAUAUUUGAGUCUUUUUUCUGUUGUUGUAACUGUAAAACUGUUCUCAACAGCAUUUCGACCACUGUUUUGUUCAAGAGAGAUCUGACGGGGCGGCCUCUGGACUGAUCCAGUUUUGACCGAACGGCAGACACACACUGGAUGUUCUGGCAGACAUUUACAUAUCUGGCUGGACCUUAACCAUGUUGCUCUGUUUAUUUGAUACGCCUGCUCUUUUCAUAUACCGCACUGCUUAUUGUGUAGGAGUAGGCUUGUUCCUAAAUGUGGAGUAUAUGAGAGGCUUAAGGGGAAGUUGAUAUAUUUAAUUGAGUUUUAGUUCAUUGCCAACUGCUCUCAUUAUGUGUGAAAGAUCACAUUUCAUGGGAUGCUACAAUAUAUUUUUUUUAAUUCCUGAGUGUAAUAAUGUCACGAUUGGCCACCCUCCUGGACUCCCUGUUUCCGUGGUUUCACGUCUUGCGCUGCAGGCUGCUCCCCCCUGCAGCGUUGGUCAAGACGGGUAGACGCUUACCUGGGAUCUCGUCGUUAUCAAAAUAAACGUGACCCUGCUUCUUCCGGGAACGACGAGAUGCCCGUGUACAGGCAGCCACGACCAAGGCACACAGCAGGGUUUAAAUACAUGAACUAGAAACGAGGGACAGGUGUACGCAAUCAGU